CUGAUUUCAGUUGUCAACCACUUUUUCCGACCGCUCCUCCCUCCUCCUGACGAAAACCCACCCACCCACUCACUGUUGUGCUGCUGCGUCGUCACGCCUUGCCCAGCACAGCAGAGCAGAGCACGAACAACAAAGCACCCCAUCAGCGAUGUCCUCCUCUCACGACGACGAUGACGGCGAGAGCCACGAGAUGGUGGAGUUUGAGGAGAACCCCCUGGCUCGCGAUGCUCCACCGCCGCAAUACCAGCCAACACCUCGCUUCUCCAGCAGCCACGAGCACACGCCAAGGCCUGCAGGCAAUGAUCGCAGCAGCGCUCGGCGAAAGAGCAGCCGGUUUGAUCUGGUUGACAUUGUGAACAUGCUUCCGAGCCAGUCGCCCGCCGCAAAGAACCUGCAACUUGAGGCCACCUUCAACGAGCUUGCCUUUGUCGAGUCAGAUGACCCCGUCGCAGCCACCAUGGGCCGCAUCACUUCGCGCCAAUCAAAGCAGUUUUCGCGGCAGGCCACGCGCCGUCGCACGUCCCUCUGGGGCGGCGAUGAGGAGCUCAACAAGCACAAGCGGCAGCUCGACAACAUCAAGAAGAAGCCGCACCGCAUGAGCAUCAAGAUCCAGGAGGCGCGCGUGGACCGCGAGGGCCUGAAGCGCGUGCAAUCCCAGAUCUCGGGCUGGCAGUGGUUCAUCGCCGAAUACUCUGUUCGUUGGCGGCGGUUUCGCCAGCGAAUUUGGGAUGCGGUGAUGGAUGCGCAAAUCUGGAACACGUCCAUCAAGAUCCUGGAGGGCCGGCAUGGCGCCGCUGUUGGAACAUACUUCCGGUUCCUGCGUCUCAACUUCAUCAUCAACAUCAUCCUCGGCAUCUGCUACGUGUCCUUCGGCAUUGUUCCAUAUGCCAUCCUGCAAGGCUACGACACGGCGGAGAAUGUGCUCAUGCCAUCGAUUGCAAACGAUUCGUAUACUGCUGAGGAAGUCAUCCUCGGCCUCUUCUCCGGCGGCGGCGUGCUGAACAACUCUGCGUACUUCCUUGGGUCCAUGACAUUUUCGCAAGACAUUUACACGGCGAGCGAGAGCUAUGAUUUCACGCUCGCGUAUCUGAUGGUCACGGGCGCAAUGCUCAUCCUCCUCUUCCUCUACAUCACAAAGGAGGUUGCCACCAACAUCUACGGCGCUGCUUCGUACCUUGACGAGGGCCAGCACCCAAUCUCCGAGAUUGUGUUCUCGUCGUAUGACCACACUGUCCUUGAGCCCGAUGCUGUUGUCACGAAGCAGCGCGCCAUCGCCCGCGAGCUGCUCGAACACGUCUUUGAACAGCAGAGCAUGGAGGAGUACGCAAAGAAAGACCAACAGAAGCUGCUGCUCAAGAGAAUCGGCGUCACCUGCAUGGUGCUUGUGAUCCUGGUGCUAUCGUUCUGGGCGAUUACUGUGGCCGUCACUCGCUUCGCCACGUCCACAAACGCCCUUGAGCAGCUGAUUCCGUCGAUUGUGCUGUCGCUGCUGAACCAGGCCGUGCCGAUUUCGUUUGAGAUUUUGUCGCGCUUUGAGGAGUGGCCCACGCCGCUCAAGACCAUCAAGUGGACCGUCGUCAGGUCGAUUGUUCUUCGCAUUGGUUCCCUGUACGCCUUCUUCUACACCUACUUCCUCCAGCGCCGCGAACGCAUGUGCUGGGAGUCGUAUGUUGGCCAACAGAUGUACAGCGUCCUCGUGAUUUCGUUUGUUGUUGAGAUUGUCACCUCCAUCGCCAUUGACCCUGUGCGCAAGGCGUUGUACGAGAAGACGUCGUGGUUCAAGCGGUAUCUGCCAACUGCGCGCUUCCAGACGAUCAAGUGCACGCUGGAGAUGCUGUGGACACAGGCCAUGGUCUGGUUUGGCAUGUUCUUCUGCCCGCUCCUGCCCCUCCUCGGCGCUCUCAAGCACUUUGUUCUCUUCUACCUCAAAAAGUGGAGCACCAUGACCUUCUGUGCGCCACCGGUGCGUCUGUUCCGCGCGACGUACAGCCUGGGCUCGGUCAUGUCGUUCAUGAUGCUCAUCACCAUCGUCUGCAUGACCAUCCCGCUCGGAUACACCAUCACCCGCAUUGCGCCGUCUGGGCUGUAUCAAGAUGAGGUCGACGUUGCGCGCUGGAUCGACCCCACCGCCCUCGGCAACACCUCCUGCACCGGCGCCGAUGAGCUCGUGUCCUGCAGCGACUGCCUCGUCACAAACUUCACAGCAAGCACAGACCCCAUCUGCUACAAGGUUGACAACACGCCGUUUGAGGAAGGUGUGCAGACAACCGCCUCCGUCCUCUGCAGCAACUGCCCCUCCGGCUGCGGGCCUUACAGGAACUACGACACGGUGUAUGAGGUGCUGCUGAUCGAGUACGACUCAUGGCCGUACGGCGUCCGCGUCGUCCUGCAGUACAUCGGCACCGUCGCCUUUGGUGCUCUUCUCUUCCUCGGCCUCCUCACGUGGAUUCUGAUCAACCGCGCCGUCAUUCGCGCACAGAAGAAACUCAUCAACAAACUCCAAGUCGAGCGUGAUCUCGAGCGCAUGGACAAGAUCUGGAUCCUCAACAAAUGGUCCAUCACCCUCGACGACAACGCCGACGACGAGGACCGCCCGUCCGCGUGGCGCGGACAGCAGUCGUAAUGCCAUGCUGCUGUUGAUGCUGUAUUUGUGUGUGUGUGUGUGUGUGUGUUUGCUUGCUUGUGUGUUUGGUUGUUUGUUUUUGUGUGUGUGCGUGUGUGUGUUUGUUUGGUAGUGUCGUGCUUGUUGCACGUGUGGUUGUGGUUGUUUUGUGUCUACACGCAGUUCCGUGUUUGUUCUGUUUCAGCUAUGCGCGGCGCUGCUUUAUGUCGACCGCUUGCUGCGGCUCAAAUUGUCGCUUCGCCGUGUAUCCCCGGUUUCAUCACAACUUCUUCCGACCGUUCCAUGUAUUGUAUGCACCCCAUGUCUCCCUGUUGCUCCUCGGGACCUUUGUUCCUGUUCCUCCUUUUGUGUCUAUUUUGUCGCCGUGCCCACACACGUGCACACCCAAUGUGUAUUGAGAUUGUUGACUGACAUGACUGUUAGUACGUGCACUCAAGUCUGUGGCGUUGCUGCUCGCUUGCGGUUUUCGUGGUUUUGUUGUGAUGCGUGCACGUGUGUGUGAUCGCUGAUCGUGAACGUGUAGAAUGGAGGGGGAUGACACGCUGACAACAAGUAGAAAGUGCCAGUCUG